CUGGAGGGAAUUAUAAAUAUCAUUUUGGAAUUCCAAUUGUAUUUUUCUCAGGGAUAUUUUUUUCUCCAGGAAGAUCAUACGAUUUCAUUCAUCCACACGAAAUAGUGGAGAUACUUUGAAUUGAUUUUGAGUGGAAGUUCGAGGGUUUGAAGAUAACUCAAUUCGUGAUGAUGCAGCAUGACACAUGACCCUUGGCUUUAAGGUUAAUUAUGUGCAAUAAUUAUUAAUCCUUUCGAAAUCCUGCUGUGUUCAUUCGAUUGUCGAUUCAGUUAAGGCAUCAUACAAUUCGAAAGCAAGUGUUUCUGUUGAGAGAAAUAAUGUCAAGCAGCAAAGGAUUGGAAUUAGUCAAGGCAAUUGUUGAAAGAUCAUUGAGACUAAAUUCAUUCGAUGCAGCAUGUCUCAAAGGCAUGAAAUUUUUGUCAGCUGGGGAUGGACAGUGCAAAGCGGAAUUUAUUGUUGGUGAUGAGCAUUUAAAUUCUGCUGGUACUUUACACGGCGGAUGUUCAGCUACGAUUAUUGAUUGUAUAUCCAGUUAUGCUUUAAUGACGAAAUCUGGAUUUCCUGGUGUGUCUGUUGACCUCAAUGUCUCAUUCUUAAAAUCUGCGGUUCCCGGGGAAGUCAUUACUGUCGAUGCUAAAACAGUAAAAGCUGGGAGAACCCUAGCUUUUCUCGAAGUCGAAAUGUUUAAGAAAGGAGGAGCAAUCGUUGCUCGUGGACAGCACACGAAAUUCAUAGGCUCUUAAACUCGCCCUUGCCUCAUAUUUCCCAAAACCAGAAAUGUAAAUGCGAUAGAAAUAAAUAGGAUGAUUAAAACAGGAAAAA